UUAAUUCUUAUUCGCAUCGCUUAACCUCCCCUCUUUUGGGGUUGGUUCGAUUCCAUUCUUUUAUUUUCUUUAUGGAAAAGCUAAUGAUGAUCAAGUGGAAUUACCGGCAGCAAUAAUUAAACGUAACAUUGUUUAUAUACCAGCAUCUUCUCGUUAUACGUGGUACCAUAUUGAAGUGAAAAGGUGGAGGAUUGACUAUUUCAUCUUACAUUCUUAUUUAUUAUUUUUUAAAGAAUUGCUAAUACAGUACAAGUCAGUGUAGUUCAACGCCUCUCUGUGGGAGGUGAUAGUUCUCGAGAUGUUGAUGAGCCUACACAAGUUGUUGUUGGGAAACCAGAUGUUAAUUCUGACGUUGUAUGUUCCCAAAAAAACUAGAAUUUGCUUGAAGAUCCAACAAUUUUCUUUUCAGAUUUUCAAUGUCAUUCCAGGCCAAACACGUCUAUCCUUGGGUUUAAAAGACAAACCUCUUGCUGAGGAACUAGGAUUUUCUACAAAUAAAUUUCUUGGAACUGUGGGGGAAUUGAAUGUGGAUGGAGUGAAUGUACCUCUUUGGGUGUUUUGCAAAACCGAAGGAAUGUGUGAGGGGGCAACUGGGCCUCCGAUGAAAACAGCCACUGGACAUUUCUUCCGGUACAAAAUAUUUUUUAUGUUCAACAAUGGCUUUGCCCAAAUACGCUUUCCAGUGGCCGAGAGGAGCAGUUCAAUGCUUGCCGUUCAAUUCAGUGCUUACUCUCCUAACGGUCUUCUCUACUUUAGAGGAAGUCCAACAAGUGGAGAAUUUAUUGGACUUGAAUUGCACGAAGGUGCAAUUUCGCUAAAAGCUGAUUUUGGGCCACAAGCAAAAAUAGCUCUUCAAUUGAAUGGGACAAACUAUGCAGAUGGCAGGGCACAUAAAGUUAGAGUAAUUCGAAGAGAUGGAGAAGUGCAUUUACAGGCUGAUCCAGAAGCGGACCACAUCUCUAUAGCAUUAGAUGACAGCAAGGCUCUACUCGACAUUACAGAGUCUGACCAUUUUGUUGGGGGUGUACCUCCCGACUUCCCAACAGCUCAUUUCCUUCAAGACCAUGACCUCAACUUUGAAGGCUUCUUUGGGUGUAUUCACUCAGUUCGGCCAAAUCAACUUUCGGAACUUGAUUUGGAUAAUCCUUUGAGAGCACAACGAAAAGAAGCGGGUUGUAGAUAUCAAGAGGAGAGGCUUAGCACUUCUGAACGAAUUAUUGGAUUUCAAGGAAUUGAUGGCGGCUUCCUCAAAACCCGUGGAAUUUUAUUAGAUUCUGAUUCAACCUUCUCUUUCAAUUUUCGCACAAAAAGUUUGAAUGCUAUUUUGCUCUACCAAUCAGCAGACUUACAAAAAUUGGAACAACAACGGAGAGCUAAAAGAAGGAGGAGGACAAUGGGAGAAAAAGAGAAAUUAGAAGAGAUUAGUUGGAGAGAACGGAGGGGUGUCCUUGCAAAUCCGAAUGAUCAAUCAUUCUUGGCCUUUUACCUAAUUGAUGGACGUUUAACUAUACAUUUGGGGACAGACUCCGAGGAACGUGUAAAACGCCCAGUUAUUAGUUCAACGCAAGCUUAUUCUGAUGGAUUGCUGCAUUCUGUGUUUCUCUCUCGUAUGGGGAAAGAAAUCCAAGUUCGUAUAAACGACAGAGAAGUAUUGGCCACAAUACUAGAUGAUGAACGUUCUAUUGGGGGAGACCGGUGGAAUAUGUUAUUGGGUGGAGUACCUUCAAGAUUGCAAAGUUUAAUUCAAGAUUCUGAAUUGGGAACUGUAGAUUCGCUGGCCGGGUGUCUUUCUGAUUUUCAGUUGGAUUACGAGUAUGUUGAUGAUCAAAUCUGUCAAAAUUCCUUAUUUUUUCAAAUUUUAGACGUUUGCCCAUAA